AUGGUGUCCGGCGACGAUUCAAAUGGUGGCCGUUUGUCGCGUAAAACUACGAGGUCCCCGAACCGCGAGUGUAACUUGGAAGUUGUGGUGAAAGACGGUAUAGUGUCGACAGAACUUGCUGCAAGUGAAGAAAUGUCUCAUAUACACAAUGUGGGUCCGGGGGACCCUUUGCUGGCCAAGCAGAAACAUCACCAUCGAAAAGCUUUCGAGUAUAUUUCAAAGGCGUUGAAAAUUGAUGAAGAAAACGAGGGCCAAAAGGAACUAGCUAUCGAGCUAUACAAGAAAGGCAUUUAUGAGUUGGAACGAGGAAUCGCCGUGGACUGCUGGGGCGGCCGUGGCGACGCCUGGCAGAGAGCACAACGAUUACACGACAAAAUGAAAACCAACCUCGGAAUGGCGAAAGACCGACUUCACUUCCUUGCGAACCUUGUCGCGCUCAGUAAGUUGGGCGUAGAGAGUGAGGCCGACAGAAGCGACAAAAAGCCAACGGAGUCGCCUCUAAAGGCGCGAAGGCCGUUAGAGAAGUCGAAGACGACGUUACUCGCGCACACAGAAAGUAACAGUGGUCAAACGAAGCCACCGAACGAAGUCGCAGGCCGCAAGCUCACGACAGCCGGUCGAAGGGUACCAAGCAGUGGGGGCGGGCCGCUUAUGAAGUCCCAAACGCUGCCCAGGUCAAUGGGCAGGUCUUCGUCACAACCUAACAAUACCAACGGGGGUUACAAUAGAUACCCAAUGAAGCCAGUGUCUACACCGCCAGCUGUGAAAAGACAACUAUCUGUUCCUUCCAACGGCUCUCCGGUUCGGCGAGUAGUCGGCGGCGGUUCACAACGUGGCACGCCAACGAGAAGUCGGACCCCGCAACCAGCGCUGUCAGUCAGAGGCGUGGACCCUAAGCUGGUGCAAUUGAUACUGGAUGAGAUCGUUGAAGGUGGACCGAAGGUUCAAUGGGACGAUAUCGCCGGACAAGAUGCGGCGAAACAAGCUUUAAAAGAGAUGGUCGUUCUGCCGUCACUGAGGCCUGAACUCUUCACUGGUCUGAGGUCUCCUGCUAAAGGACUGCUGCUUUUUGGACCUCCAGGAAAUGGUAAAACUUUAUUAGCGAGGUGUGUCGCAGCGGAGUGCUCGGCGACAUUCUUCUCAAUAUCGGCGGCGACGCUCACGAGCAAGUACGUUGGAGAAGGGGAGAAGAUGGUUCGAGCUCUUUUCCAAGUAGCAAGAGAAUUGCAGCCUUCAAUAAUAUUUGUGGACGAAGUAGACUCUCUUCUUUGCGAGAGAUCUUCAGGAGAACACGAAGCUUCUAGAAGACUGAAAACAGAAUUUCUAGUAGAAUUUGAUGGACUACCCGCUGCUGGAGCGGACAGACUCAUAGUCAUGGCAGCCACCAACAGGCCUCAGGAACUCGACGAGGCUGCACUCAGGCGGUUCCCGAAGCGCGUGUACGUGUCGUUGCCGGACAUGCGCACGCGCAUGUCGUUAGUGCGCGGCAUGCUGGCGCGCGGGGCCGCGGCCGCCUCGCUCAUCGACGACGAGCUGGCGCGCCUCGCCGCGCUCACCGACGGGUACAGUGGCAGCGACCUCGCCGCGCUCUGCAGGGACGCCGCGCUCGGACCUAUACGGGAACUUGACCCGGAAGAGGUGAAGUGCCUGGACCUGUCGCUGGUACGCAGCAUCACGUAUCAGGACUUCAUAGAUGCGCUUAAGAGGAUCAGACCCUCGGUUUCUCCCCAUAGUCUCGCUGCGUACGAAAAGUGGUCUGUGCAGUACGGAGACCUUGGACUAUGA